GGUUCCUGCCUGCGUAGGUCGGAGGGCGGGUAUGUUGUGGCAGACGGGACGUCGUGCAUGGCCGAGUCUACACCUUUUUUAAUUUUAUAUACAACCAUAGGCCUUCUAAUUUAGAGAAGUUUGACUUAUUUUUGUGCGGAACGACCUUAGUUGUGGACACAACGGUGUAAGUAUUCGUUGGAUUACACUUUUCUGUUCACGCGCUUCGAGCGUAAUAACGCAUUAAACAUAUCUCGUCGCUGCUCGGGAGGAGUAUUACACUCUGGGAAAUAAUCGGAAAAAUUGUGUUAUUUUUUUGAGUUCGAGCUCGGAAUUGGGAUUUUUCUUUUUCUUGCGUCUGCCGUGGUCGUGGGCCAUCCACACAUGCAGUCGCCUGUGAUCAGGAGAGCCAACUCUGUGGAUAAAUUCAUGGAGCAAGGUUAAAGGCCGGACGAAGAUUCGAGAAACUACAGACGAGCUUUGAAAACUUCGUCGUCCCUGAGGAUAUCUCCGAAACUUUUCCUGUCACAGAACCUUCGUCCCUGUUUGUAUUUGGGACCUACACGUUUUCGCCCCCACCCCCCUUCAUAACAUACAGAGGAGACAUGGUGGUCAACACCAUCCACUGGUUCAGGAAGGGACUGCGGCUGCACGACAACCCGGCUCUCAGAGACUCCAUCCGGGGAGCGGAAUCACUGCGAUGCAUUUAUAUCCUGGACCCCUGGUUCGCUGGAUCCUCCAAUGUGGGCAUCAACAGGUGGAGGUUUUUGCUGCAGUGUUUGGAAGACCUGGAUGCCAGCCUGCGCAAAAUCAACUCCCGCCUGUUUGUCAUCAGAGGCCAGCCUACAGACGUCUUCCCUCGCCUUUUUAAGGAAUGGAAGAUUAAGCGGUUAUCUUACGAAUAUGACUCUGAGCCAUUCGGGAAGGAACGCGACGCUGCCAUCCAGAAGUUAGCCAGUGAAGCUGGAGUGGAGGUGAUGGUGCGGAUUUCACACACCCUCUACAACCUGGACAAGAUUAUCGAGCUCAACGGCGGUCAGCCUCCACUCACGUACAAGCGCUUCCAGGCUCUAAUCAACCGGAUGGACCCGGUGGAGCUGCCUGUGGAGACAAUCACGUUUGAAGUCAUUAAAAGAUGCCUCACACCGAUCAGCGACGACCACGACGACAAGUUUGGGGUGCCGUCUUUAGAAGAGCUUGGUUUUGAGACUGAAGGCUUAAGUACGGCAGUGUGGCCAGGAGGGGAAACAGAAGCCCUCAUGAGGCUGGAGCGGCACCUGGAGAGGAAGGCAUGGGUGGCAAACUUUGAGCGUCCACGCAUGAACGCCAACUCCUUACUGGCCAGUCCCACCGGCCUCAGCCCCUACCUGCGCUUCGGAUGCCUCUCCUGUCGUCUCUUCUACUUCAAACUCACAGACUUGUACAGAAAGGUCAAGAAGAACAGCACGCCUCCGUUAUCCUUGUACGGCCAGCUGCUGUGGAGGGAGUUCUUCUACACGACGGCCACCAACAACCCCUGUUUCGAUAAGAUGGACGGAAACCCGGUGUGUGUUCAAAUCCCCUGGGAUCGAAACCCCGAGGCCCUGGCCAAGUGGGCGGAGGGCCGGACAGGUUUUCCCUGGAUCGACGCCGUCAUGACCCAGCUGAGGCAGGAGGGCUGGAUCCAUCAUCUGGCGAGACACGCCGUGGCUUGCUUCCUCACCAGGGGAGACCUGUGGAUCAGCUGGGAGGAAGGCAUGAAAGUCUUUGAGGAGCUGCUGCUGGACGCAGACUGGAGCGUAAACGCUGGAAGUUGGAUGUGGCUUUCGUGCAGCUCGUUUUUUCAGCAGUUUUUCCAUUGUUACUGCCCCGUGGGAUUUGGACGACGCACAGACCCAAACGGCGACUACAUAAGGCGAUAUUUGCCCAUUUUGAGGGGUUUUCCAGCGAAAUACAUUUAUGAUCCGUGGACCGCCCCAGACGAAGUGCAGAAGACCGCCAAGUGCAUCGUGGGAGUUCACUACCCCAAGCCCAUGGUGAACCAUGCAGAGGCCAGCCGCAUCAACAUAGAGAGGAUGAAGCAGAUUUACCAGCAGCUCUCCUGCUACAGAGGACUCGGCCUGCUGGCAAUGGUGCCCACCAAUCCAAACAACACUGCAACUGGCAGCAGUGCGGCAGGAGGCAGUGCGGGAGCCAGCCACGGUCCUGGAGUAUCGUCAGAGGACUCCUCCAUGCAAGAAGGAACAUCAAGAACAGAAAGAGGACACUCUGUGCAGAAGCGCCGGCGUGAAGAGACGCUACCUGAAACCAGCCGUAAAUCCUGGAAGCAGGGCAAAUAGGGUCUCUCACAUGGUCCCGUCAUCACGCUCUCUGGCCGUGGCCUCGGCUAAUCAGCGAUGAAAACUUCAAUCACAAGCAUGAGGGAGACAGAAAGGGAGUCUUUAAUCCCUUUGUUAUUUCAUGUUCUUCUUUUUUUUUUUUUUUUUCGAAGGACGUCCUGUUGUGCAUGAUGUGGAAAGUCAGGAGCUGGCUGGUAAAUUGUAUUUGGUCAGUUGAGAUUUGACACAACUCAGGAAUUAAAUUUAAAAAAGUAAAAACUAAAAUUUAAUUAAAAAUGCCCAGAAAAGUUUGUUUUAAAGUAAAAAAAAAAAAACCCAAUAUAUGCUAACGUGUUUUCAUCCGAGUUUCGUGAGGCUAAUAGUUGUCUUCCACUAGAUUAUGUGAUUCUUUAUGUAAUUGAGUUUCCUAAACUAGUGAGGUUGCAGCAUGUUUGUUAUAAAUGAGACCGGAAGCCCCCCUAGUCUGUUAUCAGUGUGUGAUCUGAACGCCAGACAAUAAUCUGAGGCCCCUUUUUCAAGUAAAAAUGAAUCGUUUUUGCAUUUACGUUUCAGAAGUUGCAUGUUUACACGGCAAUGGAUGAAGUGCUGAAAACAAUCCAGUUUUCAUGUUAGGUCAGUGAUGGGCGCUGUUAUUUCUUUUUGUGAUAUUUGUUUUUGCCAUUUGGUGACUGUCAACUCUAAAACUACCGAGUCCCAGGAGAAUGCAGACUUUGAGUCAUGACACACUGGAGGCAGACGUUGUUAAUGUCGCUCUACUGAGCAUGUGCAGAAGAACCAUUUACGUUGGCCACAGUGCGCUUGUGCAGUAGCAGCGGUUUCGCCGGGAUGGAGCCUGAGCGUUUUUCUAAAGUAUCGUUUUCCUUCGUUUCCACGGAGACAGUAGUCGGAGCAUUUUCAGCGGCUCCGACCCUCGUACUCAUGUAAACAGACACCCAGAAAGCAACAGAAGUUUCCCGUUUCGAAACGGUUUUCAUGUGAACGGGGUCUGAGUAGAUCCGCUCCCUCACAUCUCUGUAAAACAUCAACGUGUUAAAGGAUUUCCUUUUUGAGCGAUGUAGGGUGAUCGAGAGGUUGAUGGAGAAAUUACAACUUCUGGACCAAACUCUCAUAUAUUGGCUUUUUGUUCUCUUUCUAUUAAUAGAAAAAAAAAAGCCUCAAAUUGUUUUCUAGUUGUUCAGCUUUACAGCAGGAAGGAGAAUCACGAGCAACGAUGAAGUAAGCUUUUCAAACAACAUCUGACACUUUCUGUAAAUAAGUGUUUUUAAUUUCCAACUUUUGUAUAUUCGUCUGUGGGGUUUCACAGCUCCUUUUUGUAAAUAAUUUAUAAUUUACAAAAAAAAAGCAUCUUCUAUUGUAAAUGUGUCUUUUUUUUGUCUCCCAUGUGAUGUUGAAUCUCAUUAUUUUUGUAUAAAUAAUGAACAAAUUUUAAAUGUAUCAAAAUUGCAAUAAAAUACAAAACAAUGUUUUGUUUAAUGGC